AAAUGCAGAGAUGGGCGGCCCAUAUCCAGCGACACCAUCUUCUUAUACUGCACGGUUUGUCUACAAACCCUAACCCUCCUCGAUCAGACAAAACCAUAGUACGUGACUGCGAGGUUGCAGCAGCUUUGAAGAUCAAUGGGGGCAUACACGUACGUGUCGGAGUUAUGGAGGAAGAAGCAAUCAGAUGUGAUGAGGUUCUUGCUGAGAGUCAGGUGCUGGGAGUACCGCCAGCUUCCUUCUAUUGUUCGUGUCACUCAUCCCACACGCCCUGAUAAGGCUCGCCGUUUGGGCUACAAAGCCAAGCAGGGUUAUGUGGUCUACCGUGUCCGUGUUAGAAGAGGUGGCCGCAAGAGGCCUGUUUCCAAGGGUAUUGUGUAUGGUAAGCCCACAAACCAAGGUGUUACUCAACUGAAAUUCCAGCGCAGCAAGAGGUCAGUUGCAGAGGAACGUGCUGGUCGGAAGUUGGGCGGUCUUAAGGUUGUCAAUUCGUACUGGACCAAUGAGGAUUCAACUUAUAAGUAUUAUGAGGUAAUCCUGGUUGAUGCUGCACACAAUGCUAUCCGGAAUGACCCAAGAAUCAACUGGAUCUGCAACCCUGUCCACAAGCACAGGGAGCUCCGUGGGCUCACUUCUGCUGGAAAGAAAUACAGGGGCUUGCGUGGAAAGGGUCACAGACACCACAAGGCACGACCUUCUCGCAGGGCAACCUGGAAAAGGAACAACACCCUCUCCCUCCGUCGUUACCGUUAACUUUGUUGUUAUUUCUUGGUAUUUUGGCACUAUUAUAUGAAUUUUGUUUGGAUGACAUUGAGAGUAACUUAAAUUUCUGCAUUGUAUUUGAUAGUUGUUUCUAAAAUUGCACUAGACAUGAAUUUACUUUAAGUUUGAUUCACUAUUUGAAUGCAAAUUGUUUUUGAACGUCCGAAACUAA